UAAUUACGUAGUGUUAUUUGUGAAAGACGCGUGAGAUAAAAGGGACGACCUUUUGUGGUCGAUGCAUCAGUAUUAGUUUCAUCAAAUCGAGUAAAGUCGGGACAGAGAUAUUCAUCGACAAGUAUUCAACUAUAAUGAAUACGCAGGUUAGGAUCGUACUGGUUGUUGCUAUGACAACAAUGCUUGUGAUUGCUUGUGAAUGCGGAGACCUCCGCAGCUACUACUGUGAAAUGAACACUGUGGACAAGAUUGAGAUGUUUUUCAGGUUCAAUUGCAGACAACAAAUGCAUAAGUUAUGGGGUGACGAGGCGGCCAAAUCUGCCAAACCAAAAUUGUCUCGUUCCCGUCUCUCCAAACGAGAAUGCCUGACAAUGAGGGAUUACGCCGACUUCUACCAAGAUUGCUGUUUGAGCGAGCGAGGAUGUGAUCCCGAAUAUUACCUUCAAAGCUACUGCAACUGUUACUGAGUGUCAACGCUUUCAUGUUCCAUGCUGUGGACUUGCACCAAGGCGGCAAUCACACAAGUUUACAUAACCGGAGAGCCGACGGAAACCUCAACCGACGAGACAAAAGAAUCUAUUAGAAUCCGCGCAAUUUAAGAGGCCCUAAAAUAUCAGUCACAUCCUCAAAGAAAUUUCCAAUCGACACACUGCUUUCACAAUUUUGAAACUUUCUUCGCGUUCUCCGUUAAAAAUCGUCGUAGAUUGUUACGUACUCGACCGGGAGUAAACAGGUGAAAUUGCCGCUUUUAAAAGUAGUGUCCCAAACAUUACAUUAGUCAUCAAAUUUAAAGAGGUCAAAUCAGCCUUCCCACUCAUGUCAGAAUAAAUCGCUUUAAUGUUUUCAUUAUUAAGAUACCCUAAACGAAACAAUUUUUGCAACUUUAUAGAAUCACCUAUCAUUUAUUUUUUCUUUUACAUCUCACAAUUUUAUACAAAAAUUCAAGAUUUCCCUCUAUUCAAGUUUUCCAAACCAAUCAUGCAAAGAAUAUUUGUUAGGUGAAGCUAUCAUUUGAUGGUUAGGUUCUGCAAGGAGCACCAUUGUAAAACAAUAGGCUAAAUUUCUUUUCACAAAAGCCUGUUUUGAUUAUUACCGCCGCUAAAGCAGAUUUUUACAUGAUAUUGUUGAAGAUAUUUUAAUCUGUAUACAGCAAAGUUACGAGUUAUACGUAGUAUUUUUGUGAAAUUUUAUGAAUGUGUAAAGCAUAGUAGAAAAAUUACUAUUGAGUCUACGAGUUAAUUCCUAUAUAGGGCAGUGAAAUGGAAAUAUCACAAAAUAAAGCAAGAGGGGUGCAAUCUUUAA